GUCUUUCUAGUAACUGUCACGGCGUCGUUGGCCGCCCCUCAGGGCUACCACUUGGGCAGGCCCUCAGGCCCUUCUUUCAACCUCGGAGGGUGUGGCCCUGGACAGGUUCACCAUGCUGACGGGCGAUGUGUUACUCCACGGGUGAACCGCCGCGUGUUCCUGUACAACGCCCCACCGGCCCCCGUGUCCUAUAGGCCCCCGCCGUACAUUCCUGAACCGACCGUCGAUUCUAACAUUCUCUUAAUCGAAACUCCCGAACAAGGACAGGGACCAGAUCCCAUUGUCGUUCCUCCGCCGGCACAAAGGCACGUGGUCUACGUCCUCAAUAGGCAGUCACAGCAGGAUCAGAGGGUGAUUGAAGUCCCAGCACCGCCAGCAAGCAACCCAGAAGUCUACUUCGUGAACUACGCUGACGGCGAGAACCCUGUUCUUCCCAGCGGCGUUGACCUUCAGACUGCCUUGAGUGCAGCUUCUCAAGGCGGCGGUCAAGUGAUUGGAGGAGGUUUUGGAGGAAGCGGCGGUUUUGGUGGAAGUGGCGGCUUUGGAGCAAGUGGAGGAAGUGGCGGUUUUGGUGGAAGUGGAGGAAGUGGCGGCUUUGGAGGCAGCGGAGGAUUCAGCGGUGGUUUUGGAAGUGGGGGAGGAAGUAGCGGCUUUGGAAGCGGCGGAGGUUUUGGAGGCAGCGGAGGAUUCAGCGGCGGUUUCGGAAGUGGGGGAGGAAGUAGCGGCUUUGGAAGCGGCGGAGGUUUUGGAGGCAGCGGAGGAUUCGGUAGUGUCUCUGGCGGCGGGUUCGGAGGCAGCGGAGGAAGCGUUAGUUUCGGGAGCGGCGGAAGUAUCAGCAGCAGCGGAAUUAGCGGAGGUUUUGGAGGUAGCGGAGGCAGCGGAGGCAGCGGACUUGUCAUUUCACGACCUUCGAGUGUGUACACUCUCCCUUGAAUGUUCUCAUAUUCAAAGAUCAGUGUUAACUGGCAUGAGUCCAAAUAUGUCACUACAGUCUUUUCUUAUGAAGAAUUAAAAAGGAAAAGA